AUGACUCAGUAUGUUCCAAGUGAUUUUAAGGAAGCAGAAUGUGCUUACACGCUCUUUGUUGUUGCCAUAUUUUGGCUCACGGAAGCUUUGCCUCUGUCGGUAACAGCUUUGCUGCCAGGUUUGAUGUUCCCCUUGUUUGGAAUCAUGCCUUCUAGAACGGUGGCAUCUUCUUAUUUCAAAGAUUUUCACCUGCUGCUAAUUGGAGUCAUCUGUUUAGCAACAUCAAUUGAAAAAUGGAAUUUACACAAGAGGAUUGCUCUGAAGAUGGUGAUGAUGGUGGGUGUGAACCUGGCAUGGCUGACGCUGGGGUUCAUGAUCAGUACUGCCUUCUUAUCUAUGUGGCUCAGCAACACUUCUACUGCUGCCAUGGUGAUGCCCAUCGUGGAGGCUGUGGCACAGCAGAUCAUCAGCGCUGAAGCAGAGGUCGAGACCACUCAGAUAGCUUGUAUUGAUGGAAAUACCAACCAAGGACUGGAACUUGAUGAAAGUGUUAAUGGACACGAAAUAAAUGAGAAGAUAGAGAAAGCAAAACCACUUCCAGGAAACUGUAACGAUGCUGAGAAAAUUACAAGCAGGACAGAAUUGGAAAAGAUCUCAGUUACAGGAAGUAAAUAUAGAACAAAGAAAGACCACAUGAUGUGUAAACUUAUGUGCUUGUGCAUUGCUUACUCUUCUACCAUCGGCGGACUGACCACAAUCACUGGCACCUCCACCAACUUGAUCUUUGCCGAGUACUUCAAUAUGCGCUAUCCCAAAUGCAAUUGUAUCAACUUUGGAUCAUGGUUUAUAUUUUCCUUCCCGGCUGCUCUUAUUAUUCUCAUCUUGUCCUGGAUCUGGCUUCAGUGGCUUUUCCUAGGAUUCGAUUUGAAGGAGAUAUUCAAAUGUGGCAAAACCAAAACAGUCAAAGAAAAAGCAUGUGCUGCAGUGAUUAAACAAGAAUAUGAAAAACUUGGGCCAUUGAGGUAUCAAGAAAUUGUGACCCUGGUCCUCUUCAUUGUAAUGGCCCUGCUAUGGUUUAACAGAGAUCCUGGGUUUGCUUCCGGUUGGGCUGAACUUUUUCCAGAGUACCCAGGUUUUGCUACAGAUUCAACUGUUGCCUUACUUGUAGGACUCCUGUUUUUUAUUAUCCCAGCUAAGCCAUUGACUAAAACUACACCCACAGGAGAAACUGUUGCUUUUGAUUACUCUCCACUGAUUACUUGGAAAGAAUUCCAGUCAUUCAUGCCCUGGGAUAUAGCCAUUCUUGUCGGUGGAGGGUUUGCCCUGGCAGAUGGCUGUGAGGAGUCAGGACUCUCCCAGUGGAUAGGAAACAAAUUAUCUCCUCUAGGUUCGUUACCGGUAUGGCUAAUAAUUCUGAUCUCUUCUAUGAUCGUCACAUCUUUAACAGAGGUAGCCAGCAACCCAGCUACCAUUACUAUUGUUCUCCCAAUAUUAUCUCCACUGGCUGAAGCCAUUGAAGUGAAUCCUCUUUACCUUUUGCUACCUUGUACUCUGUGUGUUUCAUUUGCAUUCCUCCUACCGGUAGCAAAUCCACCCAAUGCUAUUGUGUAUUCAUACGGCCAUCUCAAAGUCGUUGACAUGGUUAAAGCUGGACUUGGCGUGAACAUUGUGGGUGUUGCCGUGGUGAUGCUCGGCAUAUCCACCUGGAUCGUGCCCAUGUUUGACCUGCACACUUAUCCCGCUUGGGCUCCUCUACCGAAUAACCAGACCAUACCAUGA